AUGUUUACUUUUUCCGUCCGUUUCCCCUUCCUCAUCUCCCUCAUCUCCCUCAUCCAAUCCCCCGCCAUAGCCACUUCCGACUGUCUUUGUUUCCCGGGUGAUUCCUGUUGGCCCAGUCCAGCUCAAUGGACAGCCUUCAAUCAAACAGUCGGGGGUCGACUCAUCGCAACCACCCCCAUCGCAAGUGCCUGUCAUACAAGUGAUGGAUUUGAAGCGUACAGCGCAUCAGCAUGCCAUACUCUCCGAGCCAAUUGGAAUUUCCCCCAAACCCACUAUGAGAGCUCCUCAUCGAUCUUGUCUGACUUUUACGCCAACCAGAGCUGCGACGCAUUCGUCGAUCCCGCAACCCGCUGCAUCAUUGGAACUUAUGUGCAAUAUUCCGUUCGGGCCGAGUCCGCUUUGGAUGUUCAAAAGACGAUGGCCUUUACAACAGCUCACGGUAUUCACGUCGUUAUCCGAAAUACUGGACAUGGCUACCUGGGAAAGUCGACGGGCGCGGGCGCUGUCGCCAUCUGGACGCAUCAUCUCAAGGACAUUGAAUUCCUCGAUUACCAGUCCUCUUUCUACACCGGCAAGGCAAUCAAAGUGGGCGCCGGUGUGCAGAUGUUUGAAUCAAAUGCGGCUGCCUACAAACACGGCCUGACAGUUGUCGGGGGUAACUGUAGGUCCGUCGGAUUAGCCGGGGGGUACAGCCAAGGCGGAGGCCAUGGUCAGCUUGUCUCACAAUACGGCCUGGCGGCGGACCGGGUUUUGGAAUGGGAGGUUUUCAAUGGUACUGGGAAGUUGGUGAGCAUUACACCAUAA